AACCAAGGUUCUGUCAACUGAAAUCAUACAAUUGUCAUUUGUAAAUUCAAUGUGUUUAUUCAUUGUAUGUAGAUUGUUUUAAUAUAAUUUUGCUUUUAAUAAAAAGCCUAUGUAAAUAACACGGUCUCCGAAGGCUUUAGUUUCGUUAUGUUAAAUCGAGGAACAUGUCGGAUAAAGUGAAGAAUAUUCCUGAGCAAAAGUUAAAGGCGUUUUCCAUAGGAACGAUGGGGAAACGAACAUUAUCCAAAAGAGAAUUGGAAGAACAACGAAAAAGGGAAGAAGAAAAAGCAGCCGCACAUGUGUUUCAAGAAUUUGUUGAAACAUUUCAAGAGGCUCCCAUAAAUGGAAGUAGUAAAGUUUGGGUUAAGGCUGGUACCUAUGAUGCAGGUGCUAGAAAGGAAGAUACUAAAGACAAGGGGAAAUUAUACAAACCCACAUCAAGAAUACAACCACCUCAGGAGAGUUUGUCUACAGCAGAAAGGGCUCAAGCUUAUGCCAAAUUGCUUAGCAGUGAUAAGAAGCCUGAAAGAUUAGGAAAAAAGAAACAGUCUAGCAAAAGUAAUUUGGAAGCAUUCAUGGAGGAAUUAAAACAAAUUCAAGAAGAAAGGGAAGAAAGGCAUAAGUAUAAAGGUCAAAUAGCUCGUACGCCCAUUGAAGCUGAACUGGAUCUAUUUAUGAGAGGAGAUGUAGGAUCUUUUGAUAAUGGAGACCCUAACACAACAAAUUUGUAUUUAGGAAAUUUAAAUCCAAAGAUUAGUGAACCACAAUUGAUGGAAAUAUUUGGGAGGUAUGGACCACUAGCCAGUAUAAAAAUAAUGUGGCCAAGGUCUGAUGAAGAAAAGGCAAGGGGCAGGAACUGUGGGUUUGUGGCAUACAUGUCAAGGAAGGAUGGGGAGAGAGCUUUGAAAAGUCUUAAUGGUAAAGAUAUAGGAGGGUAUGAGAUGAAACUAGGUUGGGGAAAAGCUGUUAUCAUCCCUCCUCAGCCCAUUUAUAUUCCUUCAGUCCUGUUAGAAUUAGGUCAUCCUCCUCCUCCAUCAGGUCUGCCAUUUAAUGCCCAACCUGCAAUUCAGGAUCGAGAUGUGCUGCCUAAAUCAGAUGAAGAAUUGAAUGCCAUACUGCUAAAUGCAGUGGUCAAAGUAGUUAUUCCAAAUGAUAAAAAUCUUUUGAUGUUAAUACAUCGCAUGGUUGAAUUUGUUGUCAGAGAGGGGCCGAUGUUUGAAGCAAUGAUCAUGAAUAGGGAACUACAUAAUCCCCAAUUUCGAUUUCUGUUUGAAAACCAAAGCCCCAGCCAUAUAUAUUAUAGGUGGAAAGUCUAUUCAAUCCUGCACGGAGAUUCCCAGAAAGAAUGGAAAACUAAAGAGUUUAGGAUGUUUGAAGGUGGCUCUAUUUGGAAGCCUCCAAUUUUAGCUUGUUACACAAACGGGAUGCCUGACGAAUUAGUAGCGGACGACAACGCGAGAGAUCCAUGCAAAGGCACUUUAUCAAAUUCUCAGAGGGACAGAUUGGAAGAUUUGAUACGUAAUCUGACACCGGAAAAAAAGAAAGUUGGUGAAGCCAUGGUCUAUUGCAUUGAUCAUAGCGAAGCUGCGGAUGAAAUCGUUGAGUGCAUUACAGAGUCGUUAUCGAACGAAUCCACAAUUAUUACAAAAAAAAUCGCUCGACUCUAUCUGGUUUCCGACAUUCUUCAUAACUGUGGAGUCAAGGUGAACAAAGCCUCCAAUUAUCGAAAAGUUUUUCAAGAGAAACUAGUGGAUAUUAUGGUGGAAAUAAAAAAAAUAUUCGACGGCUUGGAAAGUAGAUUGCAAGCGGAAGGAUUUAAAGUUCGAGUCUUAAGGAUCCUUAAAUCUUGGGAAGAUGUAGGCAUCUACACCUCUGAUUUUAUGAACAAACUGCAUAACACUUUUCUGGGUUUGGAAGAGAAGAUUAAAACACCAGAAAGAGAGGAAGACAUCGACGGCAAUCCAUUAGACAAAACAUCUGAGGAUGAGAUGCCGAUGGACGGUGCCGCUUUAUUAAAAAGCGUUAUGCAGCAAUAUAGUAGCUCUCCAGAACUUGACGAAGAUAUCGACGGUAAGAAUAUUGGGGAUGUCGGAAAAAAAGCAAAGCAAAAAUUAUGUGUGAUAGGAGAAGAGAUCAAAGAAGACGCGUUAACGACUAAGAAUUCCGCUAGUUCGGGUUUUAUUAAAUCGAAAUGGGAAGCCGUCGACCCGGAACAGAUUGAAGCUCAAGCGAUGACCACCAGCAAAUGGGAUUUGCUGGAGAGCAGUCAAGAAACCAGCCAAGAUAGCAACAGUAACUUAAAUGAUAAUCAAGACUCCUCGUUGGAUUAUAAUGAUACUAGGAAUAUGACUGAAGAGAAGAGAAUGAAGCUCAGAGAAAUUGAAGUGAAAGCCGUGCAGUACCAGGACGAGCUGGAAUCGGGUCAGAGGUCGUUGAAAAGCGGCUGGACCGUAACCCAACAGGUGGAGCAUUAUAGACGAAAGUUAUUGCGGAAGUCCGAGAAAGAGUCGAAAAAAGAUAAGGGCGAGAAAACGCCGAAAGGGGAGAAGCAUAAACGGGACUAUGAGAAAAGCGAAACGAGAACGGACGAAACUUCCGACGAUGAAUAUUACAAGGACCAUACCUCUAGAAAAAGUAAAAAACAUGCUCGCAGUUCAUCGAGUGGUUCCACUUCAAGACACAGGUCCAAAAGUCGAAGUCCUACAAGAAAGCGCAGGGUUAGUCCUCCUACACCACCUCGAUCCCGUCGCCAUUCCCCUUCCUCUUCAUCCAGUCGUUCCCGUAAACGAAAAGAUUCCAAUUCUCCCAGCAGCAGUUCCGCCACCCGCUAUUCUUCCCCUCACAGUACCAGCCGUCAUAGUAGGUAUUCUCCUUCGCCCAGUCCAAACAGAUCCAAACACAGUCGUAGAUCCACGUCACCCAAAAGGAGAAGUCGUUCGACGUCCAGAACGAGAUAUUAUUCGCCUGACUCUACGAGUUCCAGUUCUAGGAAACAUAGGCAUAAACAUAAGUAUUAAAAUUGUUUUUUUUUUGUCGCGGGUUUUAUUAGUGAACCCUUGUUUCAAAACAAAUACUAGACUUAUGUUUAUCGCUUUGCAGUUUUUUUUUACCGAAAAAAUAUCAACUACUUGCUCUGUUCUGACGAAUGAUGGUAAAGAAUCCUUAGCCGUCUUAGUUUAUAAUUAAACACAGACACAACAAUUCAGGACAGUAUUCCACAAAACAAA